AGAAGAGAGAGCAUAAUAGUGAUGGAUGGUAGUGAUAUUUACGACAAAAUGACUAAUCAGCUUGUCACAUACUAUUCGAUAGAUAAUAGUAAGUAAAAAUCAAUUAUUAUGAUUAAGAAUUUCAGGAAUCGCACAACCAAGAAGCAAAACACAGUAUUGAUGUGACGAUUUUUUGUGUGUGUUACAGAUCUUAAAUAAAUCCAACACAUGAGGAGGCCGUAAAGCAGCGGGGAAAUGAACAUGGCUUUUAUGAAGUAUUUAGGAACUAUAAUUAUUUGUUUACCUGUGAUAUGUGGACAGAUGAUACACUACAGUGUGUCCGAGGAAUCGGCCCUGGGAGCGGUGAUCGGAAACAUUGCCACGGACGCCAAUCUCACUUCCGAUGAUCUCACGAUGGAAUACAUCUUUUUAUCUCAAUCCAACCCGCUUACAUCUUUAUUUCAAUUGGAAGAGAAAACGGGAUUUCUAUCUGUUGGAAUGAGAAUCGACAGGGAAUCCCUUCCAGAGUGCAAAUUUGUUGCAGAAUGUCUUCUUAAUUUGGAUGUGAUUUGUCGAAAUUCCGGAAGCUUUUAUCAAAAAGUUGAACUGAAAAUUAAAAUUUUGGAUAUCAACGACAAUUCCCCCACGUUUCCUAAAGGUUCUCAGACUUUGAAUGUGUCCGAGGGGUCCCUCAUAGGGACAUCGUUUCCCAUUGAAGGAGCCGUAGACAGAGAUAGUGGAGAUUAUUCAGUACAUUUAUACAGGCUUGUCCCAGAGACAGCACCCUUUUCCGUCCAGUACCAGAAAAACGUUGAUGGAAGUUCCCUUGUUCGUCUUAUUCUUAAGGAAACCCUAGAUCGAGAACGUCAAAAAACUUACAAGUUUCAGGUUGUAGCUGAGGAUGGCGGUUUGCCUGCCAAUGUGGGAACUCUGGUUGUUUUCGUGAACGUUCUGGACAUUAACGACCACCAACCCGUGUUUUCCAAGACACAGUUCAACGUGACUGUGGAUGAAGAUGUAGCUGUCAACACCACUAUUCUAACCCUUACAGCACGUGACGAUGACGAAGGUCCAAAUGGUGACGUCAUUUACAGCUUAAGCCCUCGACAGGACGAGAAGAUUCUGAAGCUGUUUCAAAUUGUUCCGACAAGUGGAGCUUUGCAAGUGAAGGAAUCUUUAAUUUUUGAGCCUGGAAAACAAUAUAGAAUUAUUGUGGAAGCUAGUGAUCGUGCCAAGCAGCCUCUAAUCUCCCAAACCCAAGUUACCGUUAAUGUACGAGAUACUCAUAACAACCCACCACGUAUAAAGGUGGAUUUGCUGUCAAAUACCGACAAAGCUCAGGUAUUGGAAAGUGCUUCACUUAAUGCCCCCAUAGCUCAUGUCACUGUAGAUGAUCCGGAUACGGGUUACAAUGGAAAAAUUAAUUGUUCGAUUCGGAGUGAAAAUUUCCAACUUCAAAAAUUCAAUGUUUUAGAGUACAAAGUUGUGGUGUCUCAAGCAUUAGAUAGAGAAGUGCAAUCAGAAUAUACCAUCGUCGUAAAGUGCCAAGACGAAGGUACCCCACCCCUGAAUGCUUCAUCGACAUUAAAAGUGACCAUUCUUGAUGAAAAUGAUAAUGACCCUGUGUUCACAAAACUUGGAUAUGUGGUGCAAACCCAGGAAGAUAACAACAUUGGAGCUAGUCUGAUCAGAGUUUCUGCCUCAGAUAAAGACAUUGGAAGAAAUGCACAGAUCACAUACAAACUUGAACCAUCAGGAUACAACUUCUCAAUUGACUCCAAAACUGGACUUAUUUCUGCACAGUUCAGACUUGAUCGCGAAGAGACAUCUUUGAUCAAGCUUGAGGUUCUUGCAGUGGAUGGUGGUUCCCCUUCAAGGACAGGCACAGCCAGUGUUGUAAUCAAAAUCACAGAUAUCAACGACAAUAAACCAGAGUUUCAAAACGAAAGUUUCCUAUUUGCUAUUCAAGAAAACGCGCCAAAAUACACAUCCGUUGGAUUACUAGUUGCAACAGACAAAGAUGAAAACAAAAAAGUUACAUUUUCGCUUUUACCACAGUACAAUGGUGGAAUACCAUUUGAGAUCUUGCCUAAUGGAACAAUAAGAACAUCAGAAGUCUUGGACAGAGAAACCAUUGCCAAGUACCAAUUUUCGGUCGUAGCCACUGAUUCAGGCAUCCCUCCCCAACAAUCGUCUGUUAAGAUCACCAUUGAUGUUUUGGACAUGAACGACAAUGACCCUAUCUUCGUGUUUCCCAGCGAUAACAACAGCACUGUCAUCAUUUCAUACCAGACUCUACCCCAUACCGUCAUCGCCCACCUCGACACGAGGGACAUUGAUGAGGGACUCAACGCAACUGUGACCUACGUCACGAGGGAGAGAAACUACUCCCAUCUCUUUCAAUUAAACAGCUUGUCUGGAAGACUCAUUCUCAUGAGACAAUUGACAAAUGCUGAAGUUGGAAAAUAUAAACUUUCCAUUAUUGCCCAAGACAAAGGAACACCUCCAAGGACUUCCGAGAGGGCCAUGACAAUAAUUGUUACCACUCAACCGAUAUUAGAUGAAGUUUCUGCGCCAGAUGAUCACAAAUACUUUCUCAUCGCCAUCGCCAUUUCGUGCGUUACCUUAGUGAUAGCAGUGGUCAUCAUCUUGACAAUUUGUUUGAUUAAAAGAGCUGAUCGAUUGCGUCAAAAGUAUCACGAACAACAAAAGUCAGAACCAUAUUGUGGAAUAUCGGCCCAGCGGUUCCACGGAAAUACUCUAGAUUCUCUGCACUGCAGUGGGAUGUUGGAUAAAGAGAAUCGUGAACAUCAACUGUACCCUGCUCUUCCCAAUACCAUGGCGAAUUCACAGAUUUCUACCAAAGGAAUUACCGCCAGUCUUGGACAAGAUGACAAAAUUCAUCAUCAGAUAAGCUCCUUUACUCUUCAACAUGCACUGAGGGCCAAUAACUCUUUCAGACAAGGGUCACAAUUGAUGAGAAAAGAAGGGGACAGUACGAGUGAUCAUUCAGGGGAGAUCACUCCAAGUGACAGCGGUCGAGGCGGAAGUGAAGAUGACCUUAACAACAGUAUUCUGCUGUCUCAUUCUAGUUCCGUAGAUUUUGAAAACGCAAAGAGCAAUACACCCAGAAAAGAAAUGACGUUUAAUUCCUUCAACAGACCCAGUUUGAAACUGCAAGGAAACUCAUUUGGUGCAAAAGACAACACACAGCAGAAAGUGACAUAUUCUGAUAAUAAGACAACUUCAUCUCCGCGUAAUAUGUUGGGAGUUUUUCAAAGACAAGAGAGUUUAUAUUCAGAUGCCGGAAGUUACUGUGGUCAUGACGACAGUACGACAACUUCCGGGAGUUAUGUCUUAGAUCAGGAGGACAUUUUUGAUGGAUUUAAUUCAAGUUUGCAUCGAGGACAAUGUAUUGUGUAGAAAUGAUUGUUUCAUUGGCAAAUUCAGAGUUCAUAAUCAUAUGCAUAUGUAUUUUUGCAAAACGAGAAACGCAGUCCCAACGUAUUCCUCACGUGCCAAACUCAUUAAAAUGUAAGGUGCUACAUGAAUAUUUGAAUAUUUAAUUAAUGUGUUCAAUAUGUAUAUUUUGACAUGAUUUUCAUUGUAAAUCUUUGUAUGAAAUGAUAUUUAAAUAAGAUAUAUCAAUUAAUAAAUGAUAUGAUAUA